AUGGCGAAUAUUGUGCUUGACAAAUACAAACUUGUGAAUACACAAGAUCCAGAACGUGCUUACACUUAUUUAAAUUUUGCAAAUCAGAUUUUUGAGCAGAAGAGGGCUGACAUCCAAAGUGCUGGUAAAGAAGCAGAUGUUGAAAAAGUGAAAGAAGACGCAACAGCAUUAUAUCACACCAUUUGCGUGAAAAAAGCUGUUCAAGUAUUGAAGGGUGGAAGUCCUAAAUACAAAACACUUAAAGAUGCUAUGGCGGCAAACAACUGGCAAUAUUAUCGGAUUUAUAUUGGGAUGGUCAAGAACGAUUUCACAAAAGAGUUGGUCAGAGAAGAAAAUGUCACUGUUGUUUCUUUAAUAGAUGAAAUUAUUAAAGAUAGUCCAGACCUCGAAGAGUUCAUCAAAUUUUACACUGAAACCAAUCACGAAGAAGUCAUAGAAAACUUAAAGAAAGAAGAAGCAUUCAAUAACGAAGAAAAGAAACAAAUAAAUUUACUCAACCAAAUGAAAAAUAUUUAUUCAUAUGAUGGCUUUGCAAAACAACUUGAAACAUUUAAAACGACGUGUGAAGAGAUGAGUGAAGAAUAUGAGAAGAGAAAUAUUUCUCAUGAUGAAGAUAUCAAAAACGCUGAAAUUAAAUUGAGACAAUUCGCAGUCGAAAGUGUGUUUAAGACUCAAUUUGCGUGUUUAAAAUCCAAUUUGACAAAUCAUUUACAAAGAGCUAAAAAUAAACUAACUGGUCUUGAAACAAGUCAAAAAAAUCUUGAACUGAGCAUGAACAAAGUUAUUAUAAAAUCAUUACCGGAGUCUUCGUUUAUGGGUAUGAAAGACGAACUUUUACAACUCAAACCCGAGGCUCAGAUUAUUUUUGAUAUGUAUGAUGAAAUGAUGGGCGGAAGCACUCCUAUUAUUCAAGAAGUAAAGAAAGUGGAACAAAAAGUCCAAACACCAGCUACCACCCAAAAAGUUGUUCCAAAAGUCGAGCCACCAAAAGUAAAACAAACUGUAACUCCAAAAAUUGAGCCACAGAAAACAACUCCACAAAGUGUUCCAAAAGAUGAAGCACCAAAAGUGAGUGAAGAAUUCGACACAAAAAGAAUUGCUAAGGACUUUGUUGCUCAACUUGAGAAAAGUCGGUUUGUUGACGAGUCAAAGAAUCUUGAGAAAUUCAAAGUUGCAAGAAAUUUGAAUAUGUUUGUUUCGACUUAUUUCAAAGUCGAAAGGAUGUUACUUGGAUUUACUGUAGCUGAACCAAACUUUUGUGCACUGGAACUCAAAAGUGAGAUAACUGACAUCAAACCAGCUUUCUCUGAGUAUUUUGAAUACUUUGAAAACAUGAGUAUUGUCGAUGAAAUAAACGAAAUACAAAGUUAUUCAGAAGCAAAAGCAACUGAAGAUGUUUUGAAAAAGAGUAAAGACCAAGUCUUGAUGUCAAGAGACUUUUUGACUGCAAUGGAAAAGGUCAAAUUGUUCAAUCAAGAGAUUUUGAAGGACAAUGGCAAAAUGUCCAAAUUCAACAUGACUGUGAAAACAGAGGAAAUUGAAACGAAGUUGAAAAAUCUGUUUUUGGAUGAAUUUGUUCAGCAAAUAACAGGAAGUUAUUUCACAAAUUUCACAAAUGUUCUGAAAAGGGGUGAUAAUGCAGAGGUGCUAAAAAUCAGUGGAGAUGUCGAUGAAAUUUUCAACAAACGACGUGUUGAUGGAUAUGAAGAGAAUGCGUUGAUGCUGAGGAAUGAAAUUGAAAAUUACAAAAAGGAGACAAAAACAACAUUCAGAAAUUUUGAUGAAAUCAAAACGAAAUCAAAGGAGAUGCUUGGAUACUGUGGAAUGCCAAAAACUGAAAUCCACGAUGACAAUUACAAUUUGGGGCUUUACAAAAAGGAAUUUGACUUUUCAAAAUAUGUUGAAAAGCAAAUAGAAAGCAGCGACACAAUAGGCAAAAUCAAACCAAACUUUGUUUAUCGAAAUACACAAAAGAAGUUCGUUGAGAAGUCCAAGUUAAAAGAUUACAUAAAAAUUGUUCAAAUUUGUGACAAAUUGUGGAAUUUAUCGGGAAAUGUUGUAACGUUUAAUCAAAACUUGAAUAUUUUAAAAGAGAGUUAUGAAAGCCAAAAAGAAUAUUUUGAAACGAUUGACAGAGUAAAAGAAGUUGAAUUUAUGAUCAAGCAAAUGGACGAUAUUUUGGAGAUUCAAAUUGUGAUGAAGAUGUUUGACAAGAUGAAAAACAUUAAAUCGUUAGCUACCAAUUUGGAGACUUACACCAGAAAUGGGCAAUCACAAUACAUUGAAAAGAUCAACACGGAUAUGAGAAAUGCAUUGAGCCAACAAGUGAUAUUGGAAAAAACACCAGAAGAUUACAAAGAGACAAUUCUGAAGUAUUCGUCAUGUUGGGAGCUGUUAUUUAACACAAAGAGUGACGACGAAAUCCAACAACUCAAAGAAAACAUCGAAGAUACAAAAGCUAUUGAAAAGAUCAAAAGCACUGUCAAAAACACGAUGCAACGAUUGAAAGGGAAUUUCAGUAUCGACGUCAUCAAAGAUGGAAUUGCCAAACUCGACGAAACAACAGAAAACGAGAAUGAAUUAUUACAGAAAUUUGACUUGAAUUUUGAGAGUGAGAGAAAAACACUUGAACAGUCUAUAACUGGUGUUAUAAUAAGAAAUUGCCAAAAAACACUCAUUGAUGAAAUUAGGAAAUAUUUCUUAAAGUUACAACCAAAGAACACAAAGGAUUCGUAUGUCCCAAGCAUCACCAUCAAUUACAUCAAAGAACUUUUAAUGCAAAAUUUGACGUUCUCUGAAAGUCCAAAUGAAAACGACACAAAAAUACUUGCUGCUGCAAAAGCCAUUGGUGACAUCUUUUGUACUGAGAUUUCUGGAGUUCCAAGUGCGAUAGCCAACAGCUAUGAGAAAAUAGUCACUCAGAACGCACAGCUGUAUUUACUUUUCGAGUUUGUAGAGUUGUACAGAAGUUCAAAAAGAAUUGUAAUAAAUGGUACUUUGAUAACAAACAACGAGAAUGACACACCAAACACAUUUGAUGAAAUACUUGAUUCGUUGUAUUCAAAAGAAAUGUUCAUUUACAUCACUGAAAGCGAGAGCGGCGUUCUUUCGUAUAUCAAACUGAACGAAAUGAAAAGAAUUUUGGAGAACAACACAGACAUCUUGAAAGAGAAGGGCGUCUUUUCUCAACUUGAACAAAUGGUUGCAACGUGUGAAGAAAAAGUGAAGAAGAAUAUAUCCAAAGUACUCUGUGAGUGGUAUCUGGUGUUUGUGGGACAGCCAAUUAAACAAGCAGAAGCAGCCAAAUUUGCUUUUGACUCGUCCAAAUUCACAGAAAAACUGAAUGAAGCCAAAGAGAAUAUGAACGGUCAAGUGAAUGGAGUCGAUGGUCUGUAUUUCGUCGAUUAUUUGGAUGAAAUGAAAAACACCAACAGUAGUGUGUGUGAAAUAGCUCAAUUGUAUGAUGAUAACGUUAAAAAUGAGGGGGGUCAUACCAUAUUAGUCAAGAAUAGAGAAAAAGCAAAUGAUAAUAACAAAUUGUAUGGAGCUUAUAUUACUAAUAUUGAAAACAGUUUACACUCCAAUCCGGUGAAAGCAAGAGAAUAUUACUUAGAAGCCCAGAAGAUAUACACUCAAAACAAAAAGUUGUUUGAUGAAGCCGAAUACUUUUAUGAAAGUGAUUUGGUGGAACUGGACAAAACAAUAGAAGAAGCUUGUUUCAGUCUUAUUGUAUCAAAAGCUGAAUAUGCAAGUGAAUGGAUGUAUACUUUUAAUGAUGAAGUUGCACAAGAAUGUGAAAGUAAAAAGGUUAGAAUUGGUUUUAAAAAUGUCACUGAGACGCUUGCACUAAUAGAGAAUGAAACGUAUUAUCCAUUCAGUUGCAAUACUUUGAGAGACAGACUUGUUCAAACAAAUCCAAAGUAUGAAGAAGUUUUUAAUUUUGUCGAAACAACACAACCACAACUCGACGCUAUUUGCGAAAGACUUGACUCAAUCAAUUUAAAAAAGAAAAUUGAAAGAGACCGACUUAAGAAAGAAAAAAGAGAAAAAGAAGAAGCUGAAGAAGCCGAAAGACAAUUAAUGGCAAUGAAAGUACUUGAAAAAAAUAAUGAAGGUUUAUAUUUGGAAAACUUGGCCAAUUUCCUUGAAAGAGAAUUUUCACAUGAAAGUCCUUCGUUCAUUCAUCCAUAUUCGAAAAUAGCAGUUAUAGUGAAACAAGCAUAUCUCUUCACUAAAACGUUUGUAUCAGUCGACAACAAAGAUAUUCUGCGUAUAAAAAGUCUUUAUGAGAACAUCAACAAAAUAACUCUUGAAAACAAUUUUAGCUUCGAUGAAAUCAUUUUGUUGUUGGGAGCUGAAAGUGCGACGUAUUAUUCUGAAAAUCGAUACAGUGAUCAACAUGAUAUUUUUAAUAAUACUAUUCAUAAGACUAAAUUUGAGAAAAUUAUUAAAUUGCUUGAAAACAACAAACGAGACACGAAGGAAUUGAAGAAGAAAUUCAUGUUGGCAAGAAGCAAAGACAAAAAGCCUGAAGAAAUUGAAAAGGAAAACGCACUUAUGGAUUACAGAGAAAUUAAUUUCCAAAGUCAUUUCAAAAAUUAUUUCACAGAAGACAACGAAGAUGAAAAUCCUGAGAUGGUCACUUUGAUGAAAAAGUACUUCAACUUCUGCUACAAUGGAAAUUACACAUUCACUGAUAAAAACAUUGAAAUUGUUAAUCAUCUGAAAAAGGACUUUUUAGAAAAGUUGGAGACCGUCUUUGGCUUACAAGAGGAGGGUUACUACGAUGAAGCCAAAAAUUCACUGAAAGAUGCGUUGAUCGCAAAGAUCAAUUUGGUCGAAUUUUUGGAUUUUGAAAAUAUAACGAAUGAUGAUGAAAAGUUAUUUAAAACAUCUGAAUUUAUAUUGAAAAUGAAGAAGAUUUUAUAUUCGCUUGGAGUUGCGUUUGAGUUCUUUGACUUAAAAUACAGUGACCUCCCAAAAGUUCUCCAAGAUGAAAUCAAACUGUACAAUUCAGUGAUGAUGAUCAAGGCGUGCAGUGUAGUUCAAUAUGUCAAAUUUAUGAAUACUCUUGACAACGUCCAUCAAGUGUAUUUGAAUUACAACAACAACUUGGUACUCAAACUGCAAUCAGUCAUACGAACAUUGGCAACACAAGAUUACGAUAUUACACACGACCCAAUAGUCACUGAAUAUGUCAGACAGUCAAUGACUGAAACUGUUGUGGAUAAGAACAACUUAGUGUUGUAUGAAAGUGAGUCAAAGUACACUGAAAACAUGUUGAAUAUGUACAAGCCGAUAUUAUCAGAUGGAGUCUCUCUAACAUCGUCGAAAAACAAAUUGUUCACGUUGAAUGCUGUCUCACAAUUUUUGCUCUCCAAUUACGCGUUCUUUGAUGAGGUCACCGAAUUUAGUCGCAAUGUAAAUGCAACACUAUUGAACAAAGAGAACUUCGGCUUCAUUCCAAACAUUUUCAAUUUAAUCACAUCAACUGUAGCAAUCGUUAACAGAACACCACAAAGCGAUGUGUCAUUCAUUAAAUCUUAUAAUUAUUCGUAUAAAUACAAAUCACACUUCACAGAAGAAAUUGAAAGUUUAGAAAAAAUGGAAGAGAAGAUGUCAUACAACUACAGAGUUUUACUUAUUAACACAAACUAUUCAAUAGUCAAUUAUUUGUUAUGCAAAAAUUGGAGUAGUCAAUAUGAGUACAACAUCUUAAUGAUUAACACAGAAACAGAUGGGUACUCCAAACCAAAUUUUGAUUUCAAAGCGAAUGAUGACUAUGUUAAUGAAACACAUAUGAAAUGGAUUUUUGACAACUUUGGUAUGAACUCAAACAAACGAAAUUAUGAAAUACAAUUGAAAAGUUGUGUGAAUGCAAUUUCUGGUAUUAUCUCAUUUGCUGGAUACCAACUUGACAGACCAAAAGUAUUCCCAUCACUCAACUAUUUUGGAGCAGCUGUUCCUAUAUGCAAAUACACUGAGCAUCUUUCAACACAUGAAGUUGAGAAUAAAAUCAAUUCUUCUGUGUUCGUUGAAACAUUUAAAGAUCACUUAAAUUGGUUAUUAACACAAAAGAAUUUGUAUGAGCAAAACAGUAUCAUGUCUAAUGCUAUUUUUGAUUUACUUAAGACACGAGUGACUAAAUGUUUUGAAGAAAUUUGUUUGCCCCCACUUAAUAUAUUAAAGACCAAUUAUGAAAAGAAAAGAUAUGACCAAUUUGUUGGGAUAUAUGCAGACUGUGUUACAUUAAGUGGCAAUGAUGAAUCUUUCGAGGUGACUAAAACACCAAGCGGAUUUGAAGUGAAGGCGAAACUUCCUGGAAAUGCCAUUGGAAAUCAUUUGACGUUCAAGUACAUUUUCAACAAAAUGUAUGAUAAAAUGAAUCUUGUUUUCGACCACGGAAAAUGUGUGAAGAAUGAGAACAAUGUGUUUGUGUGGACUUAUAAAGACUAUAAAGCAUUUGAUCAUACCGAAGAACUAAAUCAUCAAUUCGAUCAAAAGGACAUUAACCUCCCAAAAGACUUAAUUGUCAUGAUAUCUUAUAUUGGUAAGAUGGAAAUACAUUACCCUCUUAUUGAACAAAAAGUCCAAGAUGAUAUCAACAAUGAAAGAAUGAUGGAAGAGAAUGAUAGAAUUAGAGAAAUGCAAAGAAGAGAUACUGAAAGGCUUUUGUGGGAACACAAAAUAAGUGCAAAUGUGAAGGCAGUGAAGCGAUCACGUGGGUGCUGCUGCCAAGAUGGGAAGUGCUGCUGUGACUUCAAAUGCAAAUGUGGUGCUGAAGGGAAGUGUGAGUACUGCUGUUGCUGCAAAGAGGGAAAGUGCCAAUGCAAGACAUUUGCAACUGGGAUGACCAUCACCUGUGAGUGCUGCUGUGAGGGAUGCAAAUGCACAUGUGAGUGCAAAUGUGGAGAGAAGAAGGUGUGCCAAUGCCAGAAAGAAGCAUCAAGUGGGUGCUAUUGUGGAAAGACAUGCUAA